GGUGGGCUGAGAACACAAGCAGUGUUUAUGAUAGAUAAUUUAUUUUCCAAUGAAAAGUCAACAUAAAACAUGUUAAACAAUUAUUUAACAUUGUUUGACUCAUGAGGCAGAGACACUGUGGGAGCCCAUCAUUCCAAGAGCAGUUCUCUCCACGAACUGAAGUUCCUUGGGAAGCAGAUAGCGUUCCAGCAUCAUGAGCAUUUACCACAGCCGAGUGCUUGGAGUGCCACCCUCGGCGCUCAAUUUCCACAAUUCGUCCCUGAUUUACUUGUAUGGAGGCGACGGCGGUACAAUUCUUCCCGCUUUGAGCUUCGUCCCAACUCGGCAGGAAUCUCUGCAAAAACCUCCGUACAGCUACAUUGCACUUAUCGCUAUGGCCAUCAAGAGCGCACCAGACAAGCGCGCAACGCUGAGCGGCAUUUACCAGUUCAUAAUGGACGGCUUCCCCUUUUACCAUGACAACAAGCAGGGCUGGCAGAACUCAAUACGCCACAACCUCUCUCUAAACGACUGUUUCAUCAAGGUACCGAGAGAGAAGGGCCGUACCGGGAAAGGCAGCUACUGGACUUUGGACACCAAAUGUCUAGACAUGUUCGAGAACGGGAACUAUAGACGGAGGAAGAGAAAACUAACUACUCACAAGAGGAAAAGAGGUCCAGUCACCACGAACCCGUCAGGAUCUAACGUUCCAGCUGAUGCUCACCUGAGGAGGAUGGGUAGGCCUAUGUCAGCUGGAGAUUGGGCUGUGGUGGGCACGGAGGUGGAACAACAUCAGAGACAUUUUGAGCAACGCAGUUUAGAUGUAAAACAUGUUCUUGGUGAGUUCAACAAUGUUGGGAUGCAGCAAAGUGGGUCUGUCCAUGGCCAAAUAUGUAAUGUGCAGAAUCAAAUCCAAACUGAAUCCACGCAGGACAUGUAUGGCACACAAUCAACUGACGCGCGACACGGUCCAAGGUGCAUACCCGUUCAGGAGCACAGGGUCUGUUUGGACACAGCGCAUCUGUCAGGAGCGUCUUCCCUCCAUGCGAGUGAAGCAGACAAUAGUAGACUAGCCUUUGAUGGGAGGGAGAAUGGGCCUCCUAUCCUGUCCGGUUGCACGGAGAACUUGAACUCAUCUAUGCUGUGUAGAACAAUGGAAAUUGUACCCACUGUCCCUAGCAGAGCAACGGACAAAUCCAAAGGUUUUAGCAUAGACAGUAUCUUAUCAAAAAAGGGGAACCAAAUGCACAAAAGCAGCGUUGAUGUAACAACAGAGACAGGCUUGUACCCCCAAAGUCACCAAUUCAAGCUGAUGGGAUUCCCGCUUUGCCCUUACUUAUCGCCCACGUGCCCUGAGAAAGUUAUACAUUUUAAAUAGGCAGAGUGAUAUGUUAAAAAAAAUUGGGAACAUCUGCAUAAUAAUAUAAUGGAACAUCUAAAAAAUAAAUCAAAAAUAUUGCAAGGUAUUACGCGCGAGUGUCACCAUUUUGGUACUGUGGGAAGAGAGACUAUGACUUCGACAAUUAUCUUUUUCAGGCGCCAAUAAAGACUGUGAUUAAAAAAUGAUUGUGAUUAUGGUUAUUAUAGGCUAACUUCUCUUCCGAAGUGCAGCUGCGCAUAAAAUACCAUUGCAGUUCCUCUUUCAGUUGAUUUAUCGUCAUGAGAGAACAAUUAAUAAAAGCCCAAGAGUGUACGGAUGUUGUUUUAGUAAAUGUAAAUGUUUAGGAAAACUAUGGUUUAUAUGUAGGAGCUCUGAGCUUGUCAUCUGAGUGUCUGCCAUUUGACUGUUGUGUGUGUUAUAUUCUGUGCUGCUUCUCAGAUGUUGAAUUUAGAUGUUAAAGUGAAAAUAGUUUUUUAGAAGGUAGCUGAAAAAAACUUCUGUAUAAUUAUUAUUUUUAAUUUUUCCAUCUUGAAUGUAAAAUAAAAGUGUAAUAAACAAAAAAAAUA